AUGAAUGAUUUCAACUCUCUUCUGCUGGAGCCCUUCGAAUCGGGGAGUUCAAGGAUUCAUUUCCAGACAUGCGCUGGAGGUGGAAAGGAUGGCUACGUUUUCAAAGUCCGCAUACGCAAGAAAGACUACGCGCUCAAGAUGUUCAGGUUCGAUCAUCCCGGGUUAAACGUAACCAAACUUAAGGGAACGCAACGAAACGCCUUCUACGAUCCUUUCUACAUCGAAUGCCGCGCGAAUGGCGCUCUUAUUCAACAAGGUCUUAACGGCCAGAUCCUCCCCUUCUGUUACGGUCGGAUCGAUGUACCUACAGCUGCGGAGAUACAAGUGGCUAAGCGAUACACGGCCUGGGAUCCUGUUGCGAGAACACCAAAACGCGAAGGAGACUGGUCUGACUUGGAGAUCAUCCUGACACCCCUGAGACGCCUGAGACAUGUUGACGCCAUAUCCUUGGAGCUGCCGUCCAAUGCCCCCGUGGAGCCCAGGAUGGACGAUUUCAGAACAUGCCUCGUCAGCUUCGGAAAUCGCAGGAAAUUGUACGGUCUGGAGGUGGCGGAUGAACAAAAAUGGAAUGAUGAAGAUCUCCAGGCAGACGAGGAUGCUCUACACGCAUGGCUCGAAGUGGCAGGAUGCAGAUGCUGCGACCAGGAUCAGUCGACGAUAGAAGCCGCUUUAUACCGGCAAAGCAAGAUGCGAGAAUAUCUCUCUAAAUUCUCGCCGUCGCGGCCUGAUUUUCUUUUGCGACUGGGACCCUGUUGA